CCUCAAACGAGUAAAGCGAGGAGCUUUUCCCUCUCUACUCUCACCUCUCGCCAACCCCCCCUCCCCCACUCUAACCCUUUUCUCCGUUUUUUUCUUUUCCAAAAAUUAAUUUUGUUCCUCAUUGCGGCUGUUUGCUGGCCCGGAUCUGAUCAGAUCAGAUAUACCCUCGGCUCAUUUGAACAUAGCGUUUGCAUACGGUUUCUCUCACUCUUCAUUUUUUCCCCCACUGCCGUUGUCGAUUGUGCUGGUUUGGUUGUCCAGGUGGAUUGCCACCUCCUUCGCCGCCAUCGACUAGACAUUAUUCAGCCCGCCCGCUCCCCGCCGCUCAUCCUUUCAGCCAUCCUCCUGUUCACUCUUUAUUCUCCAUCUCAACCAAGGGCCCCACUCCAGCGCACUUGCCGUUUGAGUUUCAGCCUCAAGGCGUCCAACAUCCAACAACUCACAAGCCUAAUUCUCUUUCUUCUCCCACUACUCCUCAUUUUUACCAACAACUUCAGCGAUAUUCUCCUAAGUGGGGCGAGCCGCUAUUCAAGGGUGGUCGCGUCGUCGUCGACUCAUAAAACCAACCUCUUCUGUCGCCACGGCAGGUUGACUGAGACCCUCACCCCCGAGAGAAAAGUUACAGACCAAAUGCCCCGUGCCCCAGUCGCUGGUCGUGAGAUACGCCGUCGGAGCCGGAACGGUUGCUGGAACUGCAAAGCCAGGAAGGUAAAAUGCGGUGAAGAGAAGCCCCGCUGCAGCAACUGCGAGCGACUCGACGAAGAAUGCGAUUACAAGAUUAGGUUAUCGUGGGGAGGCCGCCCUCUGAAGAAGAAGCAGUUAGAGAAUGGGGCAAAUGGACAGGACCCUAAUGCCGACGAUCAGUCACAGUUUAUCCCUGGGGCCGGUCAGUUCUCAAUAAACCAGCACUUUCCUUCCCCGCAGACCUUUGUGCAGACUACGCCUAGUAAUGGAGCGAGGAAACCACCGGUUCCGAGGGUUGGGAAUGGGAAGAGGACUACUAUGUCGAAUUAUCAGACUGUGUUUUCUGUAGCGGAACCUUCGAGUGCCCCAGUGAUGCCGGUUUCAUCGGCACCUCUAGACCCACAAUUGGCUUCGGUCACUACACAACAGCCUCCGCCGCUACAAAGUCCUGCUACCAUCCAGCAGCAGCAGCAGCAGCACCAGAAUCGGUCAAGUGCUUAUGGAUGGCAGCCAGGACUUACCCCAACUACCACAACACCUCCCUCUAGAACUUUUGAGAAUGACGUAGUAUUCAAGACAGAACAGCAGCAACAGCAGGGCCUUUUCUCCCCCUAUACACCAGUCUCACAAUCAUUUAACCAGGUUGCAUCACCCGUUUCUAGUUACCCGAAUAGCAACGGUCAGAUUCAUAGCCCCCCGGGGCCUCCCAGCCUUGUCACGAGUCCUACAGCUCAGUAUGACAGCCAGCAACACAGCUCUCCAACACAGCAAUAUCACAGCAAGUCGUUUCAUACACCCCCUCCAAUCCUUACAUCGCCGACGAAGAGACUACGAACUAGCACUUCUCCUAUACAAACAUCUCCUCAUUCCCCAUAUACGUUUGAGCAUAUCAACGCUCGUCCAACCGCUACUGUGGCACCAAUCCCUACUUCUCUUGGCACAGCUUUGGAUUAUAUAUCAACACCAAUAUCCAAUGCCCCAAUAAAUCAUAUCGCAGGAUUGAUGGACCAUCACCACCAUCCUGCCGGUGUAGGUACGGGUAUGCGCCGGGUUUCUGUUGAGAAUCUAUUAGCUCCCCCUUUGCCUGAUAGCGAUCAUAGCUAUGACGGAAGUUAUGUUGACCGAUAUCCUUCAGAAAUGGAAGAUUAUAAAAGGGAAGAUCUUUCCCAGAGCCGCACCCUUCUUUACGGCGUUGAUCGCGGAGAGCCCGACAUGGAUAACGACGACGAUGAUGUGGAAGAGAUUCCUCGACAUGACUAUGGUGGCUACGACGACGGUAUGAUGAUGAUGGGAAGGGCGGCAGGGCUUUAUGGAAAUGGCAUAAACAAUCCAUUCUACCCUGUUGCUAUCACUAUCCCGAGGAAACUGGACCCGCUACCGCAACUACUGCUCGACAAUAGAAAGAACAUGAUGUACUUCCACCACUACUUACAUUACACCGCUCGCUUGCUAGUGCCCCACGAUUGUUCGGCGAAUCCCUUCAAGAGCAUUCUUCCUCAAAUGGCUGUUCAAACUGAUCAUUUGAUGAAUCUGCUACUUGCGUAUUCGGCAAGUCACCGGGCUAGAUUGCUGGAACACCCUGAGCCUACAGAGCGGAUCGGCCGGUUCCUUGAUGAGACAGUACGAAGUCUUCAUUCCUCCUUGGAUAGCCCCGAAGACGCGAAGAGUGAUUCAACAUUAGCGACCGCCAUCAUGUUGUCUUCAUACCAGAUCAUUUCUCCCAACCCGUUCUCGGUGAGUGGGCUUACAUGGCAAACUCAUCUCAGCGCGGCCCGGAAGAUCAUCUUGGCUCGUGGAGGCGCUCAGGGGAUGCACAGCAGGGACAAGGUCUCAUAUUUCCUGGUUAGGUGGUUUGCAUACCUCGAUUUGUUGGGAAGUCUGAGCGGCCGUGACACAGAGGAGCCGAUUUUUAGUGGCAAAUACUGGACAAACGACAAUGGCGAAGGGGAGGCGGAGGAAUACGCGGUGGACUGCUUCUUUGGGUUCACAAGCCGUUGUGUGAGUAUCUUGGCGAAGAUAGGGGAACUCGCACGGAGAUGCGAGCAGGAAAAGAGGGAGUACGCUGAAGGUUUGGCGCUUACAAACCAAGCGAUGCACGAGCAAUGUUAUGACCAGUGGGAACCAACGCCCGCAAUUUUCCAGGCCGCCAUGAUAUUACAACAGGAGCUGGAGGAUGCGCGUGGCAAGGCGGUGGGAAAUUGCACACACAGUCAUCACCACCAUGUAGGGCUCCAACAUUUCAGACCAGGAUCACCGUCGGACAAUUUCGACACGGAGGAGCUGUUGGCUACGAACGAUUCGUUCCAUUGGGCGGCGCUUAUUCACCUUUACCGGCGCGUGUUGAACUACCACACCCAACAUCCGCGCGUGCAACAGUCGGUUGCGCAGAUUGUGCGGUCUAUGGGGAAAGUACGUCUUGGUGGCACAGCCGAGAAUUGCUUGCUUUUCCCGUUGUUCUCGGCAGGAUGUGAGGCGGUGGACGGCGGCCACAGGGAGUAUACUUUGAAGAGAAUGAUUGAAGUAGAGAAGAGUGGUUUGGUGCAGGUCCGACAUGCAAGACUGUUAAUGCAACGUGUUUGGAAAGAGCGACGACCCUGGUGGGAAAUGGCUUCAGGAGAAUUUAUUGGUUAACUAUACCCCUCGAGCGAUCCACGAGAAAAAGAUAAGAAAAGACAAAAGCGAGAACAUACCCAAUCCCACAGCUUCCCCCCUUUUUUAUCCUUUUUUUCUUUUUUCUUUUCGCUUUUUAUGUCAUCACUUAGCGGCGGAAGCAAGUUUUUUGGAUUUCAAAAAAAAUACUGUUUUCAUGCUUCAUUCUCGUUUCCUUUUUAUUUCCACUUUUCAUAUUCAUCCACCCUUCACUCCCGCCUUCAGUACUUUCAUUCUGGUACAUCAUUCAUUCUUCUUCAUUAUUUUAUUCUGUUUCUUUCCUUUUAACAUGGGAGACGUCGUCGUCGGAUGGGUUUCAUGACGGAGGGUGUAUUUUGGAGUUUAUUGUUUUUAUUUUAUUUUAUAGUUUCUCUUCCUCAUGCACGUUUGUGUCUCGUUCAUAUUUUCCUUUUCUCCUUUUCUGUUUCAUUUUUCGUAUUUUCAUUUCUUAGGAUGAUAAUGUGGUGCAGUGGGACAAGAGUGAUAUUUUACGAUUAGGUCCGAAAUUGGUGCCUUGGGGGGCGUUUUGGCAUCCUUUUCUUGUUGAUCAUCUUGAGCACACAAUCGCUUUACUCUGGA